UGAUUUUUUUCACAAAAAUAUGAAAGGUGUGUUGUGCAUGUGUAUUCGCCAUUGUUACUAUCAUAUCCCUUAAUAAAGACUAGUACAAGCAGAAGUAUUCAAAAGUACCGUAACCUACAGUAAUUGCUAAUCAGAGCCCACCUAAACGCACUUUAAAGCUGCUCAGUUUAAUCGUUGGAAAACAUUACUGAACAAAAAGCAUCAUGAACACCAAAGAAAACAGCAUGAGGGUCAAGGAGAAAUUUGUAGAUAAGGUUUAAGAAAAGUUAGCUUUAAACAUUUUUUACAUAGUUUUGAAACGCUCAUACAGCCCUGCUCAACCUAUCAUCUAAAAAUGGAAAGCUACUUAGAUGUGGCUGUUCACUUGAGCCAAAAUGUCAGGAGAGGAGAGCACGUAAGAAGCAACCAAAAGGUAACUAUGGAGGUGCUGCAGAAAUCCACAUCUCAGUUGGAAUAAUAUGCUAAAUAACAGAAAAACAAAUCCAGACAAAAAACACACAUUAAAACACACAUAAAAUACGAAUAAAGCAAAUACAAGUAACAUGUCAGCUCAAGCCGGGUCAAAACCUAUUGAAGAAAGAUGCUUAAAAGACUUAGAAGUUGAGAGCGAAGAGGCCUGUCUAAUAGUCAAAGGGAAUACACUCCAAAGGAGUCACAAAGUCAAUUUGAUCUCCUCUAAGUUUCUGCCUAGUGUUUAGGACAGCUAAAAGCAGCUGAUUGGCUGUUCUAAGAGCUUGCAAAGGAAGAUAAGUCUGGUAUAAAUCAUAUAGGUAAGACCACAUAGAUAUUUAUAAGAUUUUUGAAAUUAACACUAGAAUGCUCAGACUCCUCAUGAAGUGGAUUGCAAUAUUUAAGAUAUUCAAGAAAGAAAAAUGAUCACAAAUAGACGGUGAAAACCAUCAGAAUCGCUAAAAAGCAGUUUAAAUCUGUAACUUUAACAAUGUUAAAGCAGAGCAGCAGCCAUAUUGGAUAGUGAACUCCGGACUGCUUGCUGACCUCCAAAUUUCCCAGUGAGAAUUCCAACCUCAACUGGCAUUCUUGAUAAGUUUCCAACAGAAACAUAAAAAAUUCAACUUCUGAGCACAGACAUGAUGCACCACAAGUGUUUCAUCUAUCACAGCGAUGCUGACAAACUUACAAUAAGAGAUCCUUUGCAAAGAAGAUGGGAAAUUUGUUUAAUGUCUGUAUACUUAUACUGCCUUGUUAAACUCUCCUGUAUUAAUUCUUUUGAGGUUCCCAUGCUUGCAGUGUGCUCGAAGCAGCCGUGAUUUUUGCUUAUACCCUCGAGCUAUAGCUCUGAAUGUAUCUGCGCCUUUUUGACAUCAAAGAACAACAGACUAUAAAGCCUGGGCUCAAACCCACAUGACCCCUUGUAUUCAGACCGUGCACCUGCAGAUUAGGCAGCGCAACAACUGCAUGUUGCAACGGCUCCCACGGUAUCGAAGUAAUCCCUGACGAAAAAUGAUUACUCUUUUCAAUGAUGUGUGUUUCUAAGCCUUCACUGAAAUCACCAGUUUUAUUGUUGUCAGUGAAUUCUCGCAAACGAAAGGAAUUUAAAUGCAACAACUCAUACUGAAGCACCGUAAUACCUAUCCCAUAUUCACUUCGUUUUCUAUUUUGCACGUGUCGCUUGGAGACCUUUUCCAACGGGCAACAAAGCAAAAGUCGCUCUUGCUUCAGAGAGAGAGAGAGAGAAAGAGAGAGCAUAUGCGCCCUCUUCGUCUUUCUUUCCCUCCUUCUCCUACUCCUCCCAGCGCUCAGCGCCUCCUUACAACUUGUUUAGUGAAAUGCAUGCGCUCGCAGUCUCCUCUCCGCAGUUGCAUGCUGCACCGCAGUUGGUAACUUUUAACCGCAAGGAUUUGAAUGAGGAUCGAGGCGCGCGCUACUUCAAUCCAUCCAGAAAAGUGAUUUAUUAAAGGACUUUUCCGCUGACUUGAUGAAUCACUUAGAAAGGUUCCCCUCACCAUGAGGGACUGUAAGUGAUUUUUGGAUAUUGAUUACAGGGUUGCCUUGCUGUUAAGAGUUCCAUAUAUUUUCUUCUGAGUUUCGGCGAUCAGCUAUUGGCGCAAUUACGCACGGAGAGGCGCAAUGGCACAUAUUCUGGACAGGCAUGCGCCCGUUUUGCUCUUGGUGUGGAGCUACUGCGUGCUGGCGGAUAUAACCUUUACGAACUUUACCUUGGACAAUGAGUUCCACUCAAGUUUUAUCCACCGCCGGCUGAAGAGCCAGGAGCGCAAGGAGAUGCAGCGGGAGAUCCUGUCGAUCUUGGGGCUGCCGCACCGGCCGCGGCCUCACCUCCAUGGGAAGCACAACGCUGCCCCGAUGUUCAUGCUGGACCUGUACAACGCCAUGUCCACGGAUGGGGACGAGACGAGAUACUCUUACCCUUACAAGCCCAUUUUCACGACACAAGGCCCACCGAUUGCCAGCCUGCAAGAUAACAACUUCUUGAAUGACGCUGACAUGGUCAUGAGCUUUGUGAAUUUAGUGGAACAUGACAAGGAAUUUCAACCUGUGCGGCGGCAUCAUCGAGAGUUCAGAUUCGAUCUGUCGCGAAUCCCAGAGGGUGAAGCCGUCACCGCUGCCGAGUUUCGUAUUUUCAAAGACUUCAUCCAUGAAAGCUACGAUAAUGAGACCUUCCGCAUCAGCGUCUACCAGGUGUUGGAGGAACAUUCUGACAAGGAAUCAGAUCUCUUUCUGCUAGAUUCCAGGGUGAUCUGGGCAGCAGAGGAGGGUUGGUUGGUAUUUGACAUUACAGCCACCAGUAACCACUGGGUGCUGAACCCCAGCAGAAACCUCGGUCUGCAGCUGGCACUGGAGACCGCAAACGGAGAGAGUAUCAAUCCUCGUGUGGCUGGGCUAAUUGGUCGCACUGGACCUCAGAGCAAACAGCCCUUCAUGGUGGCCUUCUUCAAAGCCACUGAAGUGCACCUGCGAAGCAUCCGCUCAGCUUCAGGAGGAGGCAAACAACGCAACCCCAACCGGUCCAAAGGAGCAAGGAGCCAAGAGGCUCUCAGAGUGGCAAAUGUUGCAGAAAACAGCAGCACUGAUCAGAAGCAGGCGUGCAAGAAGCAUGAGCUCUACGUCAGUUUCCGUGACUUAGGAUGGCAGGACUGGAUCAUUGCUCCUGAAGGAUAUGCUGCAUAUUACUGCGAGGGAGAGUGUGCCUUCCCACUGAACUCCUACAUGAACGCCACAAACCACGCCAUUGUACAAACACUUGUUCAUUUUGUUAAUCCUGAGUCGGUUCCCAAACCUUGCUGUGCACCGACACAGCUACAUGCCAUUUCUGUGCUCUACUUUGACGACAGCUCCAAUGUGAUCCUGAAGAAGUACCGCAACAUGGUAGUCAGAGCUUGUGGCUGUCAUUGAACCACCAGCAUCUUCACAGCGACGCAUGCAUACGCACAUGAUGAGAGGAGAAUUGACAGGGCGCUCAUUUAAAAUGCUGCAGGAUUGCAGAGUAGCUUGUGCAUUUCGUGUAGACACAUCAUUGUAAGGCCACACAUGAAUUUCACUCGGUUUAAAGGGGCAAUUCAACUCCCAAGUUUGUUUAAAAUAAAAAUAAACAUAUAAUUCCUGGCUGUGCUGUCAUUUUAAGCAGCAAAUGAGAAAGACCAUAAGUAGAAAAUGGAGCAAAUACUUACAAAACAAAUUCAACUUAAAAAUUGAGUAUGACCUCAGAGUGGAAGAUGUUCAUUCAGCUAUUUAUUUUUUUAAUAAACUAAAAAAAUAUGAAAUUACAAUCACUACUUAAAUAAUAGAUAAAAAGAUAUUAUUUGUUCUUUACUAAUUUUUACUGAUGAAAAUCAAUAUUAUUUAUCAAUUAACAAUCUUUUUAAGAAAUUUGCAGAUCACCUCUUCUCCUCACCUCCUUUUCUUUAGCUGUUUUAAUUUGAAACUUUUAAAAGCAGUAUAGUUGUCUGCUGUAUCACUCUACAGUUCUCUUCCGUAGGCCACAGAAAUCAAGCAGCAAACCGUCCUCCUUUGUGAUUCUCCAAACAAGAUAUAAUAUAGACAACAGAAAAGAGGGACAGAGGGCAAGUCCACUGAUUAGCUUUCCUUUCAAACCUUCACAAUUUAUUUGUUUUUUGUCUUUGCUUGCUGCCAAGAUGCUACAACUUACUAAGGUCUGCAAGGACUUGAUGCUACAGGUUCAUAUUUGAACAUGUGGAGGUACUUGUAUUAGAGUUGUAUCAUUUUUGUCUAAUUGUUGACAAAGCCAAGAGUUGUAAAACUGUAUCUUAAAAAUAAUUAAUCAAACCAUUUCACCUAACCUUUUCAGAUGAUCAGCUUUCUAUUUUAUUUAUAUCUGUGGUUUUUCUUUGUUUUUUUUUCUUUUUGUUCUUAUAAAACAGCUGAAUGAACAUUCUCAAAAAAACAUGAACUCGUUUUUUAAGUUUGAGGUUAGCAAGAAUAAAUUACUUACUUUAUUUUAAGGUGAACAUUUCCUUACAUGACCUCUACUGUGUGUACAAGACACAUAAAGCAUAGACUGUACUGUAUAAUAGUUUAUUCACCGUCAACCAUGUGUUAUCUUAACGAUUAUGAUAACCAUUGUAGUUUAUUUUGUUUACCAUAUAUAUGAAUAUGUGGCUGAUAGAGGAGGAUAGAGGAUUCUUUAUUUCCUCAAUGUACAAUACUGUGUAAAUAUUGUGGGGCUUUUUGGCCAAAAAACCCCACAAAAAAAGCAAAAAGCAAGUGUAUUUAUUUCCUGCAUUGCAAUUUGGAUUUGUUUAUUUUAUUUUCCUGUAUAAAAUGCUGUAUUAUUUUUGGACAUAAGCAUUGCCUCAUUUAUUAGGAACAUUUUUAGAAAUACAAAUAGCUGUUUCAAGCAUCUUUUUCUGUGUGCUCAACGUUUUCAGGUUUGCACUUCUCUGCUGUAAUACAAUCUGUUGUAUUUAAAAAUAAACUCCUAUUUAUUGAGAGCAGGCUAAGCUCUUCCAAA